GGGGGAGGGCUGUUGGGUGGUCAGGAACGUCCCUAGGCUUAGGUGCAGCUGGAGUGUCAUGGGGGACCUGGCGUCGUCCCUCAGUUCCGAGUCGGGCAGAGGCCACGGAUGUAGGCCCUGGGCUCUGGGGCGGCCCCGCUCUGGGCUCUGCUUUCAGAGUGCUCGCGGAGCUGCUUUCCGCGGGGUAGGGGUGAGUAAGGCGCGGUCUGGCUGAGCUGUCUCCACGUCAUGUCUUAAUUUUCACCAAUAAAGCUGGGACCGGGGCCAUACGGUAAAGUCCUGCCCUCUGCUAGUGGACAUUUGAGGAGCAACGCUGUGCUCUCUGGACAGGAAUGAGGGGAGUGAGAUUUGGUCUCUGUGCCUUUGGUCCCUGUGUUAAGGCUUCAGGGGAGAGUCCUGUCUUCUGCCCAUGGAGAGUAAAGGGAACAGUGUGGAAGCUGAGUGUGAGAAGAGGCAUCCUUUGGCAGAGCUCUGGGAAGUGAAAUUUUCUGCUUGUGGGUAGAAUGGGCAGACAACUUCAUGUGCAAUGGGAGUCUUGGGCUGAAGAGUCUUGUGUGGGAAAGUGUGUCAGAGGACCAAGAUAACCUUUGUUAGAGAUAGGAGGUGAUGUAUAGUCACCUAUAGAGGCUUUACAGGUCAUCAGGUGAAGUGUAUGAAGAGCUUGUUUACGCACACAGUCCCACAGUUCUGUUUUUAUUACCACCUAGAGAGAUACGGGCCCGAACCAUCACCCUUCAUUUUACACUUAUUCUUUGUGAGCAAAAAACCACUAAGAUGGUGGUGAAUGUCCUCGCAUAUUCAUGUGCCUUACUCCUACCCAUUGCAAGACACCACAAUUAAAGCUUAUUUUCUCGUCCUACCUUGAUGAACCACAGGGCUGCUGGAUUUCCAGCAUCUUUUUGCAGUGGGAAGAGGGUCAUAGAGUUUGCUAAGCAGGUAGAACAGAAGAUGACACAGAGGGACCAGCAUCUUGCAGUGUGCACAGAGAAGGUAUACAGUAUUCCUGUACAGUCAACAGUACAGGUGGAAGGCAGGAAACUGUGCUGUGGGACUCACAGUGUGAGCACGUUGUCAGUUCUGCACCGAGACAUUCCCGGCCUCUGGCUGUUGCUAAGAGGAUGAGGACUGUGGGAAGUACUGUGUGUUUGUAGGAAAGGUCGUUCCCAAGUGUAGCAUUGGCAAUGAAGUUCCCUCUGUAUAUCCAGAAUUAGUGAAUUUCAGGACUACUGUUGGAAAAGUAGUGGUGGCAAUUUAGCCGUUGAUGUUUAAUUCCAGCUUCUCUCUCUGUAAAUGGAAGCUAAUGUACCUUGGCCUCUUUCAGGUUAAUGUCAUUUGCUGUCAAUUUUUUAGUGAUUAUUACAUAUAAUCUAGUGUUAACAAUACAUUUUUGCCCAGGAUUAAACUUAAAAAGAUUGUGGGUUUGUCUUGUUAGUUGUUGUGGUAUUUUACUUAAUUUUCACAUUGUUGCAGGUUGGUGCCUCUUUUUUUGUGGUGCAGAAUUUGUUCUGUGUGAAAGUUCCCAUGCUUGUCAGAGCCAGGAUACCUGACUUCUCUUUCACAGAUUGACAGAAUAUUCUGAGUUGGAAGGGACCCACUCUUUAAACAAACGUACAAGGAUCAAACCCACGAUCUGCCAGUGAUUGGUGCUCAGCUUAUUUUGAGCCUUUCUUCUUUGCUGCAGUAACAUUUUUAGUUUUCCUGGCAUUUUCUUCUGUUUCUAAUUUUGCAUAUGCACUCCCCAGCCAGGAGGAAAGAUUUUGGCUGAUUUCCUAUUUGAUAGCUGAGCAGGUGCUCAGGUCAGCCAAUGGAGACUGUGAUUGAAGUCAGCUGUAGUUGAAGCUUUCUGGGACUCUUGGCACUUGGCAGGUUCUGAGGUUCUUGAAAUGGAAACAGCUGUCCCGACUCCAGCGGAGUGUCAUUCUCUUCCUGUUUGCGUUCUUGGCACUGUGUGGAGCAAUUUCAUACACAAGCAUGGGGGAAACAUGGAAAAGUAUAACAAACAAAUCGUUGGAUGAUCAGAGAAAAGAACAAGAAAUUCCUAGAUUGAAACUGGCAAAUCCAGCUGUUCUACCAGCACCCCAGAAAGCAGAUGCCAACCAUAGAGACUACCCUGAGCUUUCACUGCAGAAACCACCAAAACUGCCUCAUGUUCGUCGUGGUCCUUCCAAUCUUCAGAUCAAGGCACCACAAAGAGACACGAGGCUGAAGACCCGACAUGAUACCAUGAGGGCUGUAGAAGAGCUGGUCGAAGUGCAUAAAGUAGAGAAAACUGAGAAAUCCAUUAUCAGCUGGAGAGGAGCAGUGAUAGAACCUGACCAAAGCACUGAACCACCAUCCAGUAAAAUAAUGGAACCAGAAAAACCUUCAUCUGUGGAAGCUGAAGACCGGAAAGAAGCAGUGCCCAUCAAUGAGCGCCAGCUGGCUGUGAUUGAAGCCUUCCGCCAUGCCUGGAAAGGUUACAAGGAUUUUGCCUGGGGUCAUGAUGAGCUGAAGCCUUUGUCCAAGUCCUACAGCGAGUGGUUUGGACUUGGGCUUACCUUAAUUGACGCCUUGGAUACCAUGUGGAUUUUAGGCUUAAAAGAAGAGUUUGAAGAAGCAAGAAAAUGGGUAGCAAAUGAUUUAGUAUUUGAUAAAAAUGUGGAUGUGAACCUGUUUGAGAGCACUAUCCGUAUCCUGGGUGGCUUGCUGAGCACCUACCACCUCUCUGGAGAUAGCCUUUUCCUGGAAAAAGCUAAAGACAUUGGAAACAGGCUUAUGCCAGCAUUCAAGACCCCCUCCAAGAUACCAUAUUCUGAUGUCAACCUUGGUCGGGGUACUGCACAUCCCCCUCGCUGGACAUCUGACAGCACUGUGGCAGAGGUGACCAGCAUUCAGUUGGAGUUCAGGGAGCUCUCUCGUCUGACUGGAGAUGAGAAAUUCCGGAAGGCUGUAGAUGAGGUGAUGAAGCAUGUUCACAUCCUCUCAGGGAAAAAUGAUGGCCUAGUGCCUAUGUUCAUCAACACCAACAGUGGGCAGUUCACCCACCUGGGAGUCUACACUCUGGGAGCCAGAGCUGACAGCUACUACGAGUAUCUGCUCAAGCAGUGGAUUCAGGGUGGAAAGAAAGAAAAUGAACUGUUGGAAGACUAUACGAGAGCCAUAGAAGGAGUGAAAAAGCAUCUUCUUCAGAGAUCAGAACCCAAGAAGCUUACUUUUGUCGGAGAGCUUGCUCAUGGCCACUUCAGUGCCAAGAUGGAUCACUUGGUUUGCUUCUUGCCGGGUACUUUAGCACUGGGAGCUCACAAUGGACUGGCUGCUGAUCACAUGAAAUUGGCUGAAACUCUUAUAGAAACAUGCUACCAGAUGUAUGCUCAAGUAGAGACAGGCCUGAGCCCAGAAAUUGUACACUUCAAUCUCCAUGCACAGAAGGGCCACAAGGAUAUAGAAAUCAAGCCUGCAGACAGGCACAAUUUAUUGCGACCAGAAACUGUGGAAAGUCUUUUUUAUAUGUACAGAUUCACUGGUGAUAAGAAAUACCAAGACUGGGGCUGGGAAAUCUUGCAGAAUUUCAACAGAUACACCAGGGUUCCUACUGGUGGUUAUACUUCCAUUAACAACGUUCAGAAUCCCAGUAAUCCAGAGCCACGGGAUAAAAUGGAGAGUUUCUUCCUUGGGGAAACACUUAAAUACAUGUUUCUGCUGUUCUCAGAUGACACAGACUUAAUCAACCUUGACAAAUACAUCUUUAACACAGAGGCUCAUCCACUCCCUAUCUGGGUACCAGCAUAGACUCUGCAUCAGUGGAUCUUCCAGUGGUGGCAUUUUUAUCUUCAAGUCACUUUACUUUUCAGGGUUUGAGGAGAGAUGCUAUAAUGCACCUUUUUUGACUUCAAACAACAGACAAAAGCUUGGAAAAAGCAUUUCUGGUGUGAAGAAAUCAUGUCAGUCUUAAAUCUAAUCUCUGGUUCUGGGAUGGGCAAAGCUGUGCCAUAUGAAGCUGGUUUCCCUGGUACUGGUGAUGUGGUUCAGGAGGUAAUAGUAGUGUGGACCAUGACAUUCUCGGGGCUCUGAUGACCCACUUAACUGACGGUUCACUUAGUCAUUGUUACUAAAUGCUCAUUAAUUAUUGGGAAUGCAGCGAAUUGGCUUAGGGCACAGCAUUGUUCCUGGAGAGUAGGAAUAAGCCUCUAGUUUUGUGGUUUAUUCUGGAUUUGCUGAAACACUGGAUUACAGAGCCAUUCCUUUGUCAAACUGACAGUGGUUCAGAUGCAAUGUGGAAUAAAUAGAGUUGUAGUGCUGUCCCAGGGAGAAGCUGUCAGUAUUGCUGCUGGUACUCUGAUCUCAUUCCAAACUCCCAAGAUAUGCUGCAUCAUGGUAGGAGAAGAAAGAGGCAGUAGAGCAUCUGUUGUAUAGUGUCUUAGUUUUGUAGAGCACUUGGAACAGUAUUCAAGUUGUGGCUGAAAUGAAUGAUGAAAGAGAAUUUGCUGCUGGUUUAGCUCAAGGUGGUAUAUAAUUUUGUAGAAGUAUUGCAGUUUUAUAACUUCCAUGCAGGAAAGCAGGAGAUAAUGUGAAAUGCAAGUAAAACUACACAUGCAUUUUAUAUCUUAUUUGCAUCAGUUAGACUCAGGUAUUCUGACUGAAAGCUGCUUUCAGCUUUUCAGAGGUUGGGCACUGGGAAAGCUUGUGAGUGUAUUAGGUAUCAGCCUUCUUCCAUCCCUUCCUGUUCAGAUAUCACAUCAUGGGGUUUUGUUGACUCAAAACAAGCUUACAGCUGUACAGCAAAGUUCUUGUUUUUCGAUAUUUCUUGGGCCAUGGAGAAAUUGUCAGUUAUUUUUGUCCUUAGGAGUACAGUGGGUAUUUUGAGCAGGAAUGUUACAAGCAGACAGUCUUACAGCAGUUCUAGGCCCCAGUAGAAUUGGAGAAAUUAAUUUCAGUUAUUGAAGACAAAGUAGACUGAGGUUUUUUUAAGAAUCUUACAGGAGCUCUGUGAUCUUCUAUUUUUGUAUGUACACACAUACAGAUUUUAAGCCAUGAAUUUGGAAAUUAACUUUCUAGAGUGCUUUUCUUUUUGGAUUUGGACUUGGACAGUCCUGUAUUCAUGGAUAGGAUCUCAGAAAUGUGAUUAUUCAUAUUUCCAGAAGAGGUUGGUCUCAGUGGAAGUCUCUUUCCCCCAUGGCAGUGGAUGUUAUUUAGUGGAGACUGGGGCAGGGCCAGUCCCCACUAAAUCCAGGGGUCCCUGGCCAUUAAUGGAACUGACUGAAUUUGACUCUAAUCGUUCAUUUUCCAGUGGCUGAGGGAGGUAUUUUAUAAUAAUUGUAAUCUUUGAUUUGUAAAGUAAGAUGCAUCUUUAUUUCUUUUAUGCUGAUCCAUUCUGUUUACUGGAGUUACAAGUUACUUUUGGGACCACUAUUUAAGUCUUUUAUAUAAUAUUUAUCAUUCCAUGUACUAAUGGAAAUGGAGAAAUUUUAGGAAUUAUUUAAAUGCACAUUCUUCUGUCAUCAGAGGGACCCUGUCCUGGGAUUGACAGGACAUAACUAGUCAGUGCAGAAUGUUAUUGUUCCUCCCGUUCACAUGCCAGCAGUAACUGAGAACAAGCUUCUCACUUAGAAUUGCAGUGGAAUCCUGUCACUAUGGCCACUGGCUACACAAACAAUUUGCUGCCAGGGCUUCUGGUUUCUUUGGCACAACAACAAAUGAGGAUAGUGCAGCAGAAAUGUGGAAGGAAGCACCUUCAGUUUUUUUGUUCAUGAAGCAGGUUUGUGCUGCUGAGAAGCUGAGUUUUGGCUAAAAGCUAAAGGCUUAAAAUUGGAGACUAAAGAAAAAAAUUAAAAAUAUAAAUUCAGUGACACUACCCAGGUCCUACUGACCUGUGUUGCUUUGGCUGUGUGCCUUUGAACAAAGCCAGUUUUGAACCUUUAAUUAUGACUGUGCUAUGGAUUGUAAAACUUCGAGGGUUUGGUGUUUCACCAGAGAGCUGCCUGACUGAGGCAAGACAGAUGUCUUAGAAAAUAGAGUACAUAUAAAUGCUUACCAAAAAUCUUCUGGUUUUGAAAUUGUAUGCAAGUCUUAAUGUAAUUGAUUCUACAAAUGGGACUAUGGGAGCCUGUGUGAUACUUUGCCUUACGAUUGGCUUGGGAGUAAUAAUUCAUUUCCUAAUGAGAUGAAGGAGAGAAGAAUAAACUGUCACUUUCGCAAA